CCAGAAAGCAUCAAGCAGCUAAGUAUUUUGUCACAGAAAACGGUGUGUUCGGUAUAACCUGAAAAGUGUAGGUCAUUCCGUGCCAUACUCUAGUAAAAGUGACGGUGGUGUUCAGAGGUAGUGGUAAUCUGAUAGGGUAUAUUUAGCUCUGUCACAUCAGACCAAAAUGACUAGAAUAUGUGCGCUAACAAGGGUUCUGAAGGACAAAUUAAGAACGCUGAAAGUGUGUACUCCCGUACAAAGUAUAUUUCCCCAAAUAAGAAGCCUGUCUGUGACCCCAGGAGCCCGAGACACAAACCAAGGUUCUUGGCUGUCUGCUACGCCACGAGUGUGUUUACAUGACGUCCCGACUAUACUUCGGGCUGGCGGACUCAAGCCGAACACACCUGUAACUCUAACAGCCGACCUUACAGACGAAAAUGGCAAACAAUUCUGCUCCCACGCACACUAUGUCACCGACGUCGAGGGAAAGCUGGACGUGAGCGUGGCGGAAGCAGUGGGCGGCUCGUACAACGGCGUCUUUCCCGCGGGUCUUUUAACUACGCUGUCGCCGGCGCCUCACGAACUGCCGACGCUUAGACUGUAUCGCCGGAACCCGGAGUUGCCGUGGAAGAUCCUUAUCCGAGUCCUGGAUGGCCACCAGCCUCGAGGGGCGCAACAGGAGACCCUGUCAGAGCUGGAGUUGGAGCGCCGGCUGAUGGGCCCCGGCGUGCGACGCGUGCAGGUGCGGGAGGGAAGGAUCCGCGGGGCCCUGUACCUUCCGCCUGGCCCCGGACCUUUCCCUGGAAUCGUGGACAUGUUCGGCUCCGUCGGCGGCAUCAUGGAAUUCAGAUCAGCCAUGUUAGCAUCAAGAGGAUUCGCCAGCUUAGCCCUGGCCAUCUUCAACUACGACGACUUGCCGAAAACGACGGCUCGCAUCGAACUAGACUACUUCGAGGAGGCCGUGGAGUACCUGCUCUCCCGGCCGGAGGUCAUCCCCGACCGGUGCGGCGCCGUGGCCAUUAGCAAGUCGGGGGACAUCGUGUUCAGCAUGGGCACGGCCUUCCCCGCCGUGAAGGCCGUUGUGGGCAUAAGUUCAUGUACGAUGGUGUUCCAUUCGAAGUUCUUCUACAAGGGCAAGUUCUACGGCAAGGGCGUGGAGGUGCCCUUGGCCUUGAUGGAAGCAGACGAGACCGGCGCUGUGUCCACCGACUUGACCUACCUGUUCGACCCGGACAACCCGCUGAUGAUCCCCGUGGAGCGCGCCGACGACGAGACGCACUUCCUGGUGGCCGUGGGCGACGACGACCCGUGGGGCUUCCGCGCGAGCAUCCCGGCCUUCCGCGAGCGGAUGCUCAGGAACAACAGGAGGAACUUCGAGACCGUCCUGUACCCGGGCACGGGGCAUAUCAUCGAGCCUCCCUACGGCCCGCUCAUCCACAGCUCUUUCCAGCGCCACUUGCCCAGCAAGGUGCGCCACGAGGUUUACGACAAGGGCGUGGCCAUGAAGUGGGGAGGGAAGCCCAAGCCGACGUGCGACGCCCAGGUGGACCUGUGGCGCCGCAUGCGGGCCUUCCUCAUGCAGCACGUGCGGGACGAAAGCCACUGGUACCAGGAAUAUCUUCAGGAACGAAGAGGAUAGGGAGGAGGAGGUGAGGAAGGCGGGGUUAUUGUUGUUGUUGUUGUUUGACUGGGGACAGGGUGGCAAGGGCAGGCAGCUCAUAGGAAGUCAGAAAUAGUAGUCAUUCACAGAGGGAUCGCAGGAGACAAGAAUACCACGGCACAAAUAUCAACAAAAUGUUAAAAGUUAAAAAACUAAAACCAAAAAUAUUAUCUCA